UAUUCAAUUGAUAAAAGCUACAGUUUAACGUCUAUGUGUGAAAAUUAUUUCGGGGGAGGUUUUGGUAUUUUUGAUAUUGUUAAAACUAUUGCGCCUAAUAUUGCAUUCCAUAUGCCGAAAACCACAAAUAUAUUAGAAUGUAUGUGGUUGGCAAAGGAUUUUGGUAAAGUGGAAAUUCAGCAGAAUAUUAUUAAUGGAAGACUGAAUUCAAUCACGGCAUUCUAUGGAGACUUUCACUAAAGUAAC